AUGGAUGCUCAAAGCUUGCUUUUUGGGUCUCGUUCAAACUCAAGCAGUCCAUCAAUUCAAAACCUUAAAGCAUCAUUCUUUUCAACAUUACCCAAUUAUUUUUCUCCAUCACCAUCUUCAAGUAUUCAAUCUUCAAGACUGGCCUCCUUCAAAAUCCAUCAUUCUGUUGCUUCGCAUCUUGUAAUAUCCAAGAAAUCACUUCAGUGCCAAAGUAGGGUUGAAAAAGUAGAGAAUGUUCCUGAUUUUGACAAAGAUUUGGGAAAAAGAAGUAAAAGGAAAAAGUUGGCUGUUUUUGUUUCUGGAGGAGGUUCGAAUUUCCGGUCAAUAUAUGAGGCAACUGUUAGAGGGUCAGUUCAUGGAGACAUUGUUGUUUUGGUGACAAACAAACAAGGCUGUGGAGGUGCGGAGUAUGCAAGAUAUAAGGACAUUCCUGUCAUUUUGUUUCCUAAGACAAAAGAUGAACCUGAAAGUCUGUCUGUAAAUGACCUUGUAACCACUCUUAGGAGAUUUGAGGUUGAUUUUAUUCUUCUAGCUGGAUACUUGAAACUUAUACCUGAUGAGUUGAUCCGAGCUUAUCCAAAUUCCAUCUUAAAUAUUCAUCCCUCACUUCUACCAGCUUUCGGAGGCAAGGGUUAUUAUGGUAUGAAGGUGCAUAAAGCAGUCAUUGCUUCUGGAGCAAGGUACUCAGGUCCUACUAUCCAUUUUGUUGAUGAGCACUAUGAUACGGGGCGCAUCCUUGCUCAAAGAGUUGUUCCUGUGCUUGCCAGCGAUACUGCAGAAGAGCUGGCCGCAAGAGUUCUUUGUGAGGAGCAUCAAUUAUUUGUGGAAGUGGCAGAAGCAGUAUGCGAUGAUCGGAUAAUUUGGAGGGAAGAUGGCGUCCCUAUGAUCCAGAGCAAAGAAAACCCUAAUGACUAUAGCUAG